GACAGUACGGUAGAGCUGCGUUGCAUUGUGGGACAUACAGUAAAGAUGGAUGCGGGCGUAGAGAGCAUGUUGAAGCGACGAUAACAUAUAGUUUUGUCAUUAUAUCUUCGACAAUAAGUACUUCCUGCUGUUGCAUCGUGAUAAUCAUCUGAUGCGGGACUGCUGUUGAGUACGGAAACAGAAGACUGAAGAUGUUUGCGCUCGGAGGUUUGUUGAGAGUUGGAUCGACCUUCUUUCACUCUGCGGGAAAUCUGCUGCUCCCAAUCAGGACCAUCUCUACAGGGUCUUGCUGCCAGAUCAGGAUGCAUGCUAUCCCUCAGCCUAAACAAGUGGACAGGUGGAACGAGAAGAGGAGCAUGUUUGGAGUCUAUGACAACAUCGGUAUCUUAGGGGACUUCAAAGCCCAUCCUAAAGACCUCAUUACGGCCCCCUGCUGGCUGAAAGGUUUCAGAGGUAAUGAGCUGCAGCGAUUGAUUCGGAAAAAGAAGAUGGUGGGAGACAGGAUGACAACUCUGGACAGACACAACUUGGAGAAGAGAAUCAGAUUCCUCUACAGACGCUUCAACCGCACCGGAAAGCACCGCUAACGCCGCAAUGAGCCUCAUACAGCAAGGACUGUCAGUGAAUUCAUCACAUCACUGUGUUAUGCUGAUCGAAUUAGAAAAUAACUUGCAGCCAUUGUGUACGUUUAGUUUUUGGACCUAAUGAAGAUUGUUUAAAAGCCUGGAAGAACACCGAAAAUACAUCAUAACAUGAUAAUUAAAAUGUGUUUUUACACUUACAUUCAUUUUAAACCUGAUUUAUUUGUUUUUUUUUCCUGCUUAGGCAGGUGGGAGUAGACCAAAGGCUGAGCGGUCCAGAUGGACAUACAUCAUCAGACAAAAAGACACAUGUGAAUGUCAUUCUGAAACUAUAUACUCACUCUUAAAUCGCUUAUUAAGGUUGUAAAUAAUGAGGUCAGUUUUAAAGAUAAUCAAUUGCAAUUAAAGGUAAAAUUGUAUGUAGCUGUGUUAAAAAUAACAACACUGGGUUUGUAUUCCUCUAA